UUGUGGGAACUGAAGUCAUAUUCGCAGCCUCUUUCCAAAAGCCCAGAAAAAAAAAAACUGCUCCGGCUUGUCCUAGAUGCUCCUUUGAUGGGUCCUGAAGCAUGUCUGGAGCAGAGCAGGUACAGAGGAUGCUGGUGCCCAGGAGACCCCACUGGUCCUUCUUUGAAUCCCUCAUCCGGACACUCAUCAUUGUGUGCGCCGCGCUGGCCGUCGUCCUGUCGUCCGUGUCCAUCUGCGAUGGCCACUGGCUCCUGGCCGAGGGGCGCCUCUUUGGGCUGUGGCAGUUCUGCAUCCUCCCCGGCCAGACUGAGCCUCACUGCCUCCGAGACCUGAGCCAGGCGCACGUGCCGGGCCUGGCCCUGGGCAUGGUCCUGGCCCGCAGCGUGGGCACCUUGGCCGUGGUAGCGGCCAUCUUCGGCUUGGGCUUCCUCAUGGUGUCGCAGGUGUGUGAGGACCUACACGUCCGGCACAAGUGGGCCCUGGGCUCCGCCCUCCUGCUGGUCUCCUUCAUCCUCUCCUCGGUGGGCCUCCUCAGCUUCGUGGUCCUCCUCAGGAACCAGAUCACCCUCCUGGGCUUCACCCUGAUGUUCUGGUGCGAGUUCACUGCCUCCUUCCUCUUCUUCCUCAACGCCGUCAGUGGCCUUCACAUCAACAGCCUCACCCAGCCCUGGGGUCAGCUAAGGAAAUUUUAGCCGCUCCCGGGCGGGCGCGCUCCCUCCCCGUGCCUGGAUCACUCUGAGGACUUUGGGGUUCUGCAGCAAGUGUGGCCGAGAUGGAGUUUCUAAACCGUGAUCUCUGGUGGGAGCCAAGUGGGGGACAGAGUCGUGUGGAAACUGCUGCCUCUUAGCCAGAAACCAUGCUGGUGUGGUCAGGCUGGAAAUGUGGCACCCAGGAGUCUUGGCUGAUUGUCUGUGGGGGGAGAAGCCUGGAGGAUGUCAGUGCCGCCAAUAACAGCACCGGUUAAACCAACCUGUUCGUUUUAGAAGAAA